AUGGGCAUCCCUGAGCACGUCAUCAAGAAAUAUGCCGCCGAGCGAGAAAAGCGACUUCGUCCCGACCAAGUCGCUCAGUUCGUCGACUUUCGGGACCCGACACUCGCCAGCAUGGACAAGGACCCAUAUGUCAACUAUGAGGCGCUUACUUCCAAGGGGUUCCCUCUCAAAGAUGGCGCGGAGGUCAAGUUCCUCAUCGCAGGAGCCGGCAUGUUGGGCCUGAUGACUGCUUAUCAUUUGGUGACCAAGGCUGGCAUCAGUAGUAAAGACAUUGUCCUGGUAGACAAGGCGGGCGGCUUUGGAGGCACUUGGUACUGGAACCGCUAUCCAGGUGUCGCCUGUGACAUUGAAGGAUACUGUUACGUGCCCUUGUUGGAGGAGACUGGCUACAUGCCCAAGCUGAGAUAUUCCAACGGCUACGAGAUUCGUGAGCAGCUUGAACGAAUCGCUCACACAUGGGACCUCCAAGGACAGUUCUGUACCACUGUCACUGACCAGAAGUGGGAUGACAAGGCAAAGCGUUGGGUCGUGACGAUGCUCCACAAGCUGGGACUUGACCAAGAGCCAGAAAAGAUAACUGUUCGGUCGCAGUUUUUGCUUCUAGCUGGAGGCAUUCAGAUGUGCCCUCACGCUCCGAAGCUGAACGGGCUCGAUGUCUUUCAGUCCAGGUCAGAUAAGGUCCUGAUGCACACUGGGCGUUGGGACUGGUCCAAGAGCGGCGGUUCUCAAGAAAGGCCAGACGUGACCAAGUUUCAAGGCAAGCGAGUUGGCAUCAUUGGAACUGGAGCUACGGCUGUCCAAGUUGCCCCAUAUCUGGCCAAGCGGGCAAAGGAGCUCUACAUAUUCCAGCGAACGCCCUCAUACGUUGGGCCGCAGCCUCAGAAGGAGACGACAGUUGAGGACUGGUCCAAGGUGGCGAAUAAACCCGGUUGGCAGUAUGAGCGCAUUGCCAGCUUGGACGCCAUGUUCACGGCAAAGGAGGAUGCUGAGGACAAGAUCCAGGAUGGCUGGACUAACAUGGUGGGAAUGACUGCCAUGGCUGGCCACGCAGGUAAAAUCGUCACCAAGGAGGAGGAAGAGCAACACGUCAAGGACAUGCUCAACCGGGACUAUCCAUGGACCGAAGAGAUGCGGUCGCGCGUUGACGCUCUGAUCAAGGACCCAUCGACGGCCGAGAAACUCAAGGCCUGGUACUCUGGCUUCUGCAAGCGUCCAACCUUCCACCCCGAGUACCUCUCCCUCUUCAACGAGCCCAACGUUACACUCGUUGAUACAGAUGGUAAGGGUGUUGAGGGGUACACUCCCAAUGGCGUCAUGGCCAACGGCCGGGAACAUGAACUUGAUGUCCUCGUCCUUGCGACAGGCUACACUGUUGGGCUCGUCGAUUCUUGUCCUUCGUCAGCACUCAAUGCGACUCUGACGGGACGUGAUAACAGACUUCUUAAGGACAAAUGGGAUGGGCCAGACUAUGGCACCCUUUACGGCGCCAUGACGGAGGGGUUUCCAAACCUGUUCUUUGCCUCUGGUAACGGGAGCACCGUGUCUCAGAACGCGCAUAGCUUCUAUAACCUCCUCACCCGACUAAUUGCACACGUCGUCAAGGAAACUUUCAUCCGAGCAGAGGACCCGGCCAGGGCAACAGUUGAAGUUCAGAAGAGCUCUGAGGAUGCGUGGUCCGAGGAGAUUGCCAAGCGAGCCCGAUGGUUUUCUGCCUUUCCCACCUGCACCCCGGGAUACCUGACUGGUGAAGGUAUGGUUCAGUCGCAAGGCAGCCUCACUGAAGAGGAGGAGCAUGAAAUGGCCAAGAGGUCUUACUGGGGUGAAGGUAUCCUCAGUUUCCAGGAGGUUGUCCAUGGAUGGGUGGAGGGGGGGAAAUUGGAAGGAUUGGUCAUUGCGUGA